UUCCUUCAAUGUUUACAUUUUCAAUUUAAAACAAACUUACAGUGUCGUUAACUCGGCCACGAAGUCGAGGCUGCACAUAUAUUUUGAUACUGCAGCAAUUGCAACAUUAUGUUCAACAAAGGUUCUUUUACCGAUGACCUAUACGCCUCCCGUGGAUUCGAUCCAGCAGAUGAUCAGAUUCGUGGUAAUCGAAAUCAGUACGAUCAUUUAAAUAAAUUAGAUGCUGAGGCCAAAACAUCAAUUCAACAUCCACCUAGACCAUACUACAAUUUAAAUUCGAAAAAUGACUUCAAAAUUGGUGGUACCUGUAAUCACUUUCAGGAAUUAAACGAAAAGUUCCAAGAGUUAGAGACAAAAAUGUACGAAGUUGAAAAAUGUUUUAAGGAAGCAAAUAAGCUAGAAACGGACAAAGCUAAACUGACGGCAAUCACUGAUACAAGAUCACCAAUGGAAAAUGCUAACAACAUUCAGCGGUCUCGUCUAUAUGAUAUUUCGGAAAGUCGAAAAGAAACGGCCACAUAUCCAUCAGAUGGUGUUAAAGAUUGGUUCGGAGAUCAUCAUUCGACGAUCAUGGAUAGAAAGCAACCACAAAGUCGAGUCAUUCGAGAUGGAAGUGGUGAUGUUCCGCAGAUGCAAAACGAAGGAUGGUCGGAUGAUUCGUGUAAAACUUUAACAAAAUCGACAGGGGAGCAUCUCUCAAAUAGGCAUUGUACUAAGGGCAUUUUUACUGUACAUCAUUUUGACGAGAUGCGCCAACGCUAUUCGUCCAAUAAUUGUAUGUUCGAAGCAAGUAAUCAGUCGACAGACAUUGAUUUUUUGGAAAAAUCGAAAAAAUUGAUUUUGACCUUAAUUGACAAAGAACUGAAGAAAAUUGAGACGAAACCGAAACAGUUUCGUCCAACCAACCAACAAACUGCGACAACGGCAGAUGAGUGUUUAGAUGCUCAGAGGAACUUGAAAAUCGAUUGCAUAAACAAUAUUGAGAGAGAGCUUAAAACGUUAAAGAAACUGGAAUCGUUAGAACAAUAGAUGCGUGUUUGGAUCGAUUGCGUGAAUGUUAUCUUGCCAAAUUGCCAUCGUGGCAUUACCAAAAUUGUCGUUAAUUGGUAUUUUUGGUAGUAGUUGGCAAUACAAAUGCUACCUUCGUAACAGUGGGAAAUAAAUAUGAAACAUAGAUGA